AUGGCUUCUGAGUACUCCGACGAUGGUACCGAACUUGAUCGUCCGGCAGAUCUUGGAAUGGAUGCGCUCCUGGCGCCGUUCCGCGCGCUGGUCUCCAAGUCGGCCAUGCGCCUCUACCUGAACACUCUGCUGUUCAUUGGCGUAUCGCUACUACUGGUUGGAGUUUCGGUGGUUGCCUACACCAUCUUCUAUCUCCGUUUUAUCCCCGCGGCUGGAUUGGAACGCGUGGUGCACCUGCAAUUUGGCGAUGGCAAUCCCUGGGGAACGGCCUCCUUCGACUCGGAAUUUGUGUCACUUCAGCCCUACGAUGUAUCCGUGACACUCGAGUUGCCGCGCACGCCCUCAAACCUCGACACCGGCAACUUCAUGAUCGACCUCACCCUAUACUCUCGACCGGGGUCAGCAGUGCUCCCAGGCUCAGUCAAGGACGCGAAUCCGAUCAUGCAAUCCCGCCGCCCCGCUAUUUUGACCUAUACCUCCCCGCUGGUCGACGUUGCUCGAAGGAUGGCGCGCCUGCCACUCUACGUGGUCGGCUGGCGUCGCGAAGCCGAAACUAUUGAAGUGUCAAUGCUGGAGCAGGUCGAGUUCGCUCGAGGUUCGCGCAACCUGCCGCAGAGUCUACGCCUAGAAAUUCAGAGCGACGAUAAGAUGCAAGUCUACAGUGCCCGGGUGCAAUUUCGCGCCCGGUUUACGGGCAUGAGACGGUUCAUGUACCACUGGAAGCUCACUUCCUUCGCCAUCUUCAGCUCUCUGUUCUGGAUGCUCUCCAUGGCUUCGGCCAGCCUCACCUGGCUGCUUCUGAACACCGUCCUACAAUCCGAAGCAACACCUACAAAGACGAUUAAGGAUGAAGAUCAUAACAGCAUCAAGGACGAGCCCGAAGAUAGUUCUACUUCCCCUGGACCUAACAUCAAAGAGGAGCGGGAGGAGAGUGCUCUGCUUCGGAGCUUUCCGUCUGAUGAUCCGGGCGUUGGCUCUGGCCUAGAAAGCGCAGAGGCUCGUGGGGUCACCAACGAUGACGGGCCUCCGUCGAAUCAGUCGUCGCCCUACGUCCAUUCCCUCGUCCACUCGCUCCAGUCCGCCGGCCACACCGUCUCGGUAGUUCUCCCGCAUCAACAGCGAUCAUGGAUCGGGAAAGCGCAUAUGAUCGGUGCCUCAGUGAAACCGACCUAUUUUCGGCCGGGUACAUUACACCAGGAGGACGGUACAGUACACCACCUGCCGCUGAGCAGCGAUGACGAUGCCGAGGACGACGAAUGGAUCUUGAUUGACUCGACCCCGGCGAGCUGUGUCCAAAUCGGCCUAUUUCACUACUUCCAGGACCGAGGCCCGAUUGAUGUGGUCGUUUCAGGCCCAAACUACGGCCGCAACUCCACCGCGCUGUUCGCGUUGUCCAGUGGAACCAUUGGCGCCGCGAUGGAAGGCGCUUUGUGUGGGAAACGGUCCAUUGCAUUGUCGUACGCCUUCAGCUCUCGCAAUCAUGAUCCCGUGGUUAUCGCAGAAGCAUCGCGCCAUUCGGUCCGGUUGAUUGAGUAUCUGUGUUCCCACUGGGCCGAUGACGUCGACCUCUAUAGCGUCAAUGUGCCCCUCGAACCCGGCGUCAGCCAGAACAAGGUUCUCUACACGAACAUGCUGCACAAUACAUGGAAGUCUGGGAGUUGCUUCCAAGUGGCCGACCCAGCAUCCAACGACGACCCCAAUCUGCAGGAGCAGAUGCUGCGUGAAGGUGAGGCUGGAAAGAACGUCGAUGCGACCUGCAUUAGCGAUCAGCCAGCCCGGAAAAACAGGAUCCAGCACAAGAACUUCAAGUGGGCGCCUAACUUCCAGGAUGUGUAUCAGAGUGUGGAGGAUAGUGUUCCUGGGAAUGAUGGCUGGGCAGUCAAGGAGCAAAUGACUAGUGUCACGCCGCUGAAGGCGAGUUUUAUGCACGCACCCGGGAUUUCGGGGGAGAUUCAGCUAUCCGCUAACCGGCCCACGCUCUACUCCAUUGUCGACUGCGACGAUUCCUACGUGCAAGCCCUAGUCGAGCAAGCCUUGACUCGCCGCCUCGGUGACGCAGCCUGCACAAAGCGGAUAUCUUCUCUCGAAGAUCUCCCCGAUGCUUCGAGCCUUGUCUUCCAAUACCGUGAAUAUGAGCGCCUGGACUUCGAACAUGUCUUGUCGCGGCCAUCGACGUCUCUGGCGAACGCGUACGUCAUUCGCAAAGCCUUGAUCCGAAAACACUACCUCUCCAACACGAUUUCCAACUGGGUCUCCAAACAUCCGGAGAGCAUCCUACAGCGCCACUUCAAACCGGCGUUCGACUUCGAAUUGGACUACGCCGAGUUCCUGGAUGAGGCUCUACUGGAGGCUUACGAGCUUCGCGAUAGCCUGGAGAAAAACGAAGAACGGCCCGACUCCGAAAAGGAGUGGUGGAUCCUCAAGCCCGGGAUGAGUGAUCGUGGCCAGGGGAUCCGCCUCUUCAGUACCGAAGACCAACUGCGCGAGAUUUUCGAGGAGUGGGAUGUUGACUCGGAUGACGAGGCUGAAGAGGAUAACCCCGACUCUUACGAAGCCGCUCACGACGCCGGCGUGGUCACCUCCCAACUCCGCCAUUUCCUCGCACAACCCUACAUCGACCCGCCACUCCUCCUGCCCUCAUCCUCAAACCGCAAAUUCCACAUUCGCACGUACGUGCUCGCAACCGGUGCCCUAAAAGUCUACGUCUUCAAGGAGAUGCUGGCCCUCUUCGCCGCAAAGCCCUACUGUCCUCCGCACGAAGAAGACGACGAGGUAAAGGAUCUCGCCCGCCAUCUGACCAACACCUGCUUCCAAGAAGGCGGCAGCAGCAACGAAGGUAGCGUCCGUCGAUUCUGGGAUCUCGACCACCACGUUCCGUGUCUGGAUGCGGACUGGAAGGAAAAGGUUUUCGAGCAGAUCUGCGCUGUUACCGGUGAGGUCUUUGAGGCUGCUGCACGGGGCAUGAUGGUGCAUUUUCAGACGUUGCCCAAUGCCUUUGAGCUCUUUGGGGUGGAUUUCUUGGUUGAUAGCGCCGGGUGUGCUUGGUUGUUGGAGUUGAAUGCGUUCCCGGAUUUUGCGCAGACGGGAGAGCAUCUGAAAGAGGUUGUUGUGGGCAGAUUGUUUGAGGAGACUAUUGAUGUUGCGGUGAAGCCGUUCUUUGGUCUGGGGGCUGGUGGACAGGGUGAUUUGAAGCUGGUGGCGGAUCUGGAUCUGGGUCGUCGUGCUUAG